AAUUAGAAAGCAUGUCAGAAUCGGAUGCCUUGAAUGUCAGCAGUCUUUUUCCAGGUUUAACUCUCUCGAAAUCUCCCAUCGGUAUAGAAACCAGCACUAUCACUUCUGACUCGCUUCAGAGCGAAAUAAAGAAUUUAAAAAGGGAAGAUGACCGUAAUUCCAUACUUGCUGAAGAUGUUUAUAAUUUGUUAGGUGAUAACGACAUUGAAAAUUACUCACAGAAGGUACUAAUUCAGCCAGUUGACACUACUAGCAUUUCUUCCUUGAUACAAUUUGAACGUAGCUGCCAGUUUCACUGGACAGAAGCAUUUAAUGAUGAAAUGACAGAGAAGACAGAAUUGCAAAGCCAUGUGUAUUAUUAUGCAAAAGACACCAUUAUGAAGCAAGAUUCCUUUAAUGAAGAAAAUCCAAUGGAAGCUAGCAUUUCUACAAAUAAAGACAGACUUGCUAAGGAGUGUGUUAGACAGCCUCCUGAAAGCCCACCUCUACUCCACUGUGGUGAAGAGACACUGGAAUUCACAGAAAACUCACUGGCUAACAGUGCUUUCAAGGAAUCUGCCCUCACCCCUAGUCAACCUCAACGCUUCUUCUAUAAGGAAAGUGUACCUUCAAAAGAAAUACAGAAUUCUGGGGAGAUUCCUGAGAUGUCGGUCAGUUACCAAAAUGAAGUUACAGCGGAGGGUGUGGAGAGGCCGGGCAUUGUCUCAAGUUGGUCUCCAGCAGGCAUCUCCUGGAGUAGUGGAACAUCUCAGGAGAACUGCAGGACACCUGACAUGGAGGAAAGCUUUGAAAGCUUACAACCUCGCGAAGAGGACGUGGCUUUAAAUGAAGUCUUAUGGAAAUUAAAACAUACUAACAGGCAGCAGCAAGAACAAAUCCAAGACCUCCAGUGUAGUAACCUGUAUUUAGAGAAGAAGGUUAAAGAACUACAGUUGAAGAUGACCAAACAGCAAGUAUUCGUUGACAUGAUAAGUAAGCUAAAGGAGAAUGUUGAAGAAUUAAUUGAAGACAAAUACAAAGUAAUCCUUGAGAAGCAUGAUAUUAAAAAGACAUUGCAGAAUUUGCAAGAGAUUUUAGCUAACACCCAAAAACAUCUUCAGGAAUCUAGAAAUGAGAAGCAAGCCUUACACCUUGAAUGUAAGAAGACAAAGGCCAAUUAUAUGCAUUUACAGGAAAGGUACAUGACUGAAAUGCAACAAAAAAAUAAAUCUGUGAGUGAGUGCUUAGAGAUGGACAAAACCUUAAGUGAGAAAGAAAAAGAGAUAGAGAUGCUGCACCGACUCAAAAGAAAAUUGGAAAGGGCCACAGCUUCUGCUUUGGACUUGUUGAAAAGGGAAAAAGAGACCUGAGAACAAGAGUUUUUUUCUUUACAGGAGGAAUUCCAGAAACGUGAAAAGGAAAACCUGGAAGAAAGAAAGAAACUGAAAUCUGGACAUGAGAAAUUGCUCGCUGAAGUUAAAAAUUUGCAUUUUGUAUCUGAAAAUGAAAGGGCUAAGAAUGCAAAACUUCAGCAGCACAUCAACGAAGUAGAAAAUGAAAACGCAAAACUUAAGCAGCAGGUUGCAAGAAGUGAGGAGCAAAGUUGUGUCCCAAAAUUUGAGAGAGCUCAGUUAAAGGAGCAAUUAGAGGAAGUGAUGGAGUCAGAUAUUGCCAAGGAUACAAAGAUGAUAAAUUCUAACCUGUUCCUGAAUUGCCCACCUUGUGAAGAAGAGGGCCUGAAUUCCCCAGAUAUGAAGAGAACUUCUCAGCUGGCCUCCAAAAUGCACAGUCUUCUGCCUCUGAUGGUAGGACUUUUCACAUGCCAAGACAUCACCAAUCCUGAUGCUGAACAUUUAAGAGAGGGUGAGAAUGUUAGUGAUAUAAUGCUGCAAAAAUUGAAGAGCUUUCAUCUUAAAAAGAAAAUUUUAGAUAAAGAGGUCACAGACUUUGAUUAAGAUGAAGCCAAGAAUGUCAGAGAUGUACCUAUCUUAUUGGGAGUCAAACUGGACAAGUACCACAACCUUAAUGAGGAGCUUGCUUUCUUGGAGUGGUUGCAUUUGGGGAAUGGAAUUGUUAAACUUGAUGUCUUAGAGAGUAUGCUGUCCCUGGGUGGUGGGGGGAGGGGAGGAGGAAGUAUGCAGAGAAGGGUUCUGCGCCAGUGA